AUGCCGCCAAAAGCGUCCACGACUACGAGUGAUGUGCCCCCUUCCCCCGCCUCGGUGCAGCAGCGGCCCUUCAUGCCCGGCAUCGCCGAGUACGAGCUCCCGAAGACGAAUCUGAUCAAGCUGGCUAAGGGAUCGGUGAGUCCUCCAGUCCCCCCCACACUCUCACCUUUCCUAGCUCAUAAGGAGAGCCACAAUGCAGCAGGCGUGAAAAUCAGCUUCGUGUAUCUCGAUUUGGUAGCUGACACCCAGAUCCCGGAUAAUGUCAAGAUGCAGCAGGACGUAGUGACCGCUCUCCUGCGGUCCUCGACGCUCUUCAUCAACUUCCUGUCGGCGCACGCACACGACCAAGCACUCGAGCGCUCGGGCAAAAGCAUCACGGCCGGCGACGUGCUCAAGGCCGUGACGGAGCUCGACUUUGGUCCCGCCGACGCCCUCGUGCCGAUACUCGAGCAAGAACUUGCUGGGAGCUGA